CUAGCAAUAGAAAUAAAAAGUAAACAACUUGGAGAUGAUAAAGAUGUUGGAGAUGAUGAAGAUAUCGGAGAUGACAAAAGUGUUAGAAAUGAUGAAGGUAUUGGAGAUGAUAAAGGUAUUGAAGAUGACGAAGGUAUUGGAGACAACAAAGGUAUUGAAGAUGACGAAGGUGUUGGAGAUGAUGAAGGUGUUGGAGACAAUGAUAAAACAAGAAUAGAUAAUCAACUUG